AAUCCACGAGCCACUUUAUAAAAAGAGGACCGGCUUUCAUCUACCAACUGCUAUCAGUUGCUACUUUGUCCCUCGUGCGUUCUUGUCUCAUGAGCCUGACUAUCAUCUCCUGUUUUGCCCCACACUUCCGUUUCGUUCACGACCCUUGAUAUCCCCGACGAGGACUGCCCUUCUUUCUGCAUAGCGCCUGGUCCUGCCUGCUUUUGUUGCUCAGUACCUCUUUUCCCCUGGUCUCCAUACUGGACGGACGAUCCGUCUCGAUAAUCCAACGUUCUCCCGACCUUUUGAAAGGGUCGUCGUCCCCCACAUCCUCCCGCACUCCCCUCCUCCUUCUCCUACUCCUCCCCCUCGAGACACCACACCACACCGCUCGCCACGAUGCCGUUUAGUCCAGCCGCGCAGGCCGCGCUGCUCAAAUGGGUCAACACCUUCCCCGUCUCGACCCCCGCCGAGUCGAUGAACGACCUGGCCGACGGCAUCACACUUUCGCAGAUCCUCCACGACCUCGACCCUUCCUACGACACUUCUGAGCUCGACGCGAACACAGGCUCCUCGCGCUGGCUGACGCAGAAGCGCAACCUGCAGUCUGUCUACAAGGGUCUUGUCAAGUACAUGCGCCGCGACGCUCCCGAGUGCGUGCCCCUUGUCAAGGUUGCGGACUUCCGCACCGUCGCCGAGAACCCGGACGCCGCCGGGCUGUCGCAGCUCGUGGCUGUCUUUCUGGCCACGGCCGUCUUCAACUCGAACGAGGGCAAGCGUCUCAGCUUCAUCAACAAGCUGCAGAGCGAAUUCGGCCCCGCAGAACAAAAUGAGAUCCGCCGCAUCGUGGAGGAGAAGCAGGGGCAGAUGAAGGAGCUGGCCGAGGCGGCGUCCCUAGAGGACGCGCGGGACCGCGACCCGGACCUCGAGGACGAGGAGGAGCGCCUCAAGCUUGUCGCCGAGCUCGAGAAGAAGGUGCGCGAGCUCGACACCGCCACCAAGAGGUAUGCCGACCUCAACACGCGCCACAGCUAUCUGCAGGAGUCGCACGACGAGAUCAAGGCCAAGCUGGCCGAGGUUGAGGGUGAGCUGGAGGACCUCAGGAAGCUGCAUGGCGCCGACGAGAGCCAGCGCGUGCAGGCCCUCCAGCGCAAGAUUGAGGAGCAGGCCAGCCUCAUCGCCGGUCAGGAAGAGGCCAUCGACGCCUACCAGACCCACCAGCGUCAACUCGAGGUCGAGGUCGAGCGAUACAAGGCUAGCAGCGCCGACAGCCAGGAGUACAAGGACAGGUACGACGAGCUGCACCACCAGAUGCAGGACCUCGAAAGGCGCGCCAACGCUGCGGACCGGUAUAAGCAGAAGCUGGCCGCCCAGCGCAACCUCGAGCAGGAGGUCGCCAGCCUCCAGUACGAGCUCGAGGCCCGCAAGGAGCUCGACGACAAGCUGCAGAGGGCCCUCAUCGAGAGGGACCGCCUGCAGGCCACCGAGAAGGAGAUGCUCGCUGCCAUGACUACCAUUGAGCAGUCCCUCAACGACGAGCGCGACCGCAAGGACCACUACAGGGAGCUCUACGAGGAGCUCCGCACCGAGUUCGCCCAGCUCGAGCACCAGAACACUGUCAACGAGAGAUACAUAGAGGACAUCAAGGAGAUGGGCGCCGGCGGGGAGCUGCCGCGGCCAUCCUCCUCCGGAGCCGCCGAGGCGUCCCUUGGGAACCUGGAACAGGAGCUGCAGCAGACGACCAACGAUUUCUCAAAGGUAAAGCUGCUCGAGGCCGAGAUCGAGGUCCUGCGACACAGCGCAGCCACGUCCUCCCAGUCCGACGACCUACGUCGCGAGCUAGAGCGCAUGAAGACGGAGCGGGACAUCGCCAUGAAGAAGUACGAGACGAUAUUUGAGAAGCACGGCGUGGCCCAGGAGCAGAUCGAGGCUCUAAUCAAGAACAUGACGGGCGAAGGGUUAGUGAACGGUCUCGAGGAGGCCCUCCACCAUGGAUCGCUCGCAUCGCUCACCUCAGAUUUCUACAGACACGUCGCGUUCCAGAACCUGCGGGAGUCCAACCACAAGACCCAGCAGGACCUCGACGAGCUGCGGACAAAGCUCCGCAAGCUCGAAGAGGCCGCCAAGGACAAAGACCGCGACAUGUUGGCCAUGAAGACAGAUUUGGACGCCGUCGGCGAGGACCGGCUCAGUGGACUCGAGCGCCUCAAGCAGUCCGACCAGCUCAUCGCGGCAUCACUGCGCGCCGAGCUCGAGACCCUGCGUGCCAGGUAUAACAACCUCGAGGUCGAGAACAACAUGCACAAGGCCCAGCUGCUCGAGGCGCUCGUUGCCAAGGAGAAGCUGUCCAAGGAGAAGGACUCCGAGCCCUCCGAGACCGCGACCACAGCAUCCGGCGUCGACCCCGCUGUGCAGGAGGAGGCGCUCAAGAGCUACAAGUCCAAGUCCGACAAGCUGCGCGAGCGUGUCAAGCAGCAGAAAGAGGUAAAGCGUGGCAAAUCUCUCUUGUUGUAUUCUUCCUCUGCCCCUCCCACGAUGAUCGACCUGCGUGGUAGUCCCGAUAUGGCGUCUAGCACGACGGAAUCCUGGAGCAGGACAUCUAGUGUAUCUGUUAGCAGGUCGGUCUCUAUCCUGGGCUUGGUCAGGGAGGAGCUGAGUGGCUCCUCUUCCACAUUGACCCUUCCUCCUCCCGUGAUGGAGAGCGACAGCCGCCCCACGGUGAAGGCCGAGGACCACAUCGUGCCCACAGUCUUGCAACACCCUCCUCUCACCCUGAGACAAGUGACUCCGCCUCCUGAGAUGAUAGCGUUCCAACAAGGCAUGCUUAAGCAUACCACACAACUCGAGAAGCAAGACCAGGAGCGGUACGAGCUCCAGAAGCGGAUCAAGGCCUUGGAGUCGGGAUCAGCGUUGGCGGCGCAAAAGGCCGCACACGAGCAGAUCAUCAAGAACCUUCAGCGGGAGAAUGCCAUGAUCUCGACGGCGUGGUACGACCUCACAAGUCGGCUGCAGAGCAACCAUGUCGUGCUGCAGCGGAGAGACCAGCCCAGGAGCUGGCUCAACAAGCAGAGACAGAUGGUAAACGUGCGUAUCUGGGACGGCGACUCCGUUGGCGUCAGGCUGCGCACGAAAGUCUCGCAUUUCUUGAUUCAUUUUGCAUCGGGCGGCUUCGAAGACUUACAUUUGCUCUUGCUGGCAGAAGCGGAGAAGACGGUGGGCCGAGUAGGAAAGAGGAAAGAGGAGGCAGCGGUGAUGGUGAUGGAUAACAUGGCGUGGUCGCGAGAGAAGGCGUCACAGAUCAUGCUCGGUCUCAUUUUGAAGUUUGAGGACGGGAUGGAGAGGAUUCAAGUGUAG